AUGGCCUCAAUAGCGCCUAGGCAAUUGACCGCGAGCCCAAGCCAAACCCAGACCCAAACCCAGACCCAAGCCCAGACCCGGGCUCAAAUCCAGCCACAAGCCAUCCUCAGGCUACGCGGCGCCCACAACCCGAAUCGCAGGUCCGUCCAAUGGCGAGAAGACGUGGUCGACAAUGAAGGGCUAGGAAGGAAGAAGUCGAAAGUGUGCUGCAUCUACCGCCGGCCCAAAGCGGUCGACGAAUCCAGCGACGAGUCGUCCUCCGACUCGAGCUCCUCGUCGGGUUCCGACUCCGACUCCCCCGCAGCACGGAAGGCGCCCGUGGGCGACGGCGGCGGCAUUGGCAAUGGGCGGGCGAAUGGCCCCCCCCACAACUGCCAUGACCACGACCACGACCAUGACCAUGACCACGGAGACGGACGAUCGAGGCGCGGGGACGCGAAGAGGCGGAGGAGGAGGCGGAAGCCGAGUCCGAAUGCCUACGAGAAGAUGCCGAAGCCGAAACCGAAGGCGAAGGAGCCCGGGAACACGGACCGAGCGGGUCGCGGGUUUGGGCGUCCGCCGGCCCCGGAGCUUGCCCCCUAA